ACGCAUACACACCGCCUUAUUCCAUCACUCUUCUUCUUCUCUCUCUCUAUUCUCUCUCUCUCUCUCUCUCUAGUUUCAAGUUGUCUGAAUAAUGGUGGACGUUGAAAAAGUGUGUUGUAUGUGUGGUGACGUUGGUUUCCCUGAUAAGAUCUUCCGAUGUAUCAAGUGCCACCAUCGCUUCCAACACUCGUAUUGUAGCAACUACUACGUUGAAUCAUCAGAACCGCCGGAGUUAUGUGAUUGGUGCCAAACGGAGGUGAUCCGGACAACCAAACCGGGUGGUUCUUCAAAGAAAUCAUCAAGCUCAAAAGCCGACCACCGGUCCGAAUAUUCGGGUUACAAGAUCAAGCAACAUGAUCGUGAAGAGGGGUCUGAUCAAAAAGGGAAGUCAUCAUCUUCCAAUGGGGCUCCAUCACCAAAAACUACUAGAAGGUACAAGCUGCUUAAAGAUGUCAUGUGUUGAUGAUGAUAAAGUUUGAAGUUUGGUCCCAAAGGUGAGAUCUUUAUGGAAGUUAAUGUUCUCAGUGUGUUAUUUCUGCUUUGACUUGAGGGUAAAAUGGGAACAAGAUAAUAAUAAUAAUAUUAUUGUGUACAAAGAAUGAAGGUAGUAGUAGUAGUCUACUAGUCUUUUUUUUUCUUUUGUGAUAUAAGUUUGGACCUUCAUCACUUAAUGUUUAAUAUUAAUGAUAAUGAUAACUAAAUAAGUUUGUAAAUC